AUGCCUGAUGUCAAAUGGACUGAAUGUGUUGAAGUGAAAGGGAAGGUCAAAUUACAUGAUUUUGAAACAUACAUUCAAGAUCUUAAACGCUCACCUAAUAGAGAAUUGAUGGUUGUGUCCCUAUGUUGGAAAGAAGGAUCUUCAAAAGAUAGAUUGGAAGGAAUAAAAAAGGUUGCAAGAAAGUAUGUAAGCGAUGGAAGGGUAGGGCUUGCAAGAGUUACAACUGGUGUUGAUCUUUAUGUGUGUCCAUGUAGUUUCACAAUACUCAACCUACUUGCAAAACAUGGAUUCCUCAACUUCAAUGACAACAACAACGAUUACCUCAUUGGUUGUGUUGUUUGGAAAAGAAACCAAAUAAAUCAUCCUCCAAUUGAAGAUUGGUCUCCGAUUCGCGAGCCUUAUAAAUCAUCAAUACAAAAUUAUCCGUUUCCUAUCUACAGUGCCUUGGUAAAAUCAUCAGAAGAAGCAGAACCAAGUUUGAAGACUCAAGUGUCACACAAGAGAGUAAUGGAAGAAGAUAUGGACAUAUCUCCCCAAAAGAAACCUUGCUGCCGAGAUGAUACGGUAGAACCACCACCAGCUGGUAAAAUCAACCCACCAGUUUUGAUCCCAACCAAUGACUUUACAUAUCUUGGCCCUAGUUUAUUGAGGGAGAAAACACAUUCCCAUGCAUAUAUAAAUCCAAAACCGGACUUCACAUAUCUGGCUCCAGUUUUAGUGAGGGAACAAGCAAAUGCACAUGAAAAAACAACUACAAGUGAUUUUACUUAUCUUGCUCCUAAAUGGAAUGCUGCAAAUCAACCAUAUCAGGGUUGA